UUAAAAUCUAUAUUAUAGGGCGAAUUGAAAGGAGCCAGAGUUUUAGAAUUUAAAAAUGUUCAUACAAAUUGGGUGAAACAAGUAGCCUAUUAUGGAACUUUAAGAUCUUUUAUAUCUAGUAGUAGAUGUAGUAGCUGUUCUUUGUUAAUAAGCGAUCUUACAAAGGCUAGAACUCAAUACAGAUUUAAAGUUAACAUGGGUAUAUCUUGCUUCACUUUUUGCGAAGAAGUUCAGUUAUUAGUAACUGGUGGACCAGACUGCAUAGUUCGAAUUUGGAAUCCUUAUGUAACAAGAAGACCAAAUUCUAUAUUUCAAGGUCAUCGCGCAGGUAUUUGCGCUUUAGUUUUUCAAGAUGCUGGUAAACGCGUGUAUUCUCUAUCAAAAGAUAGAUGUAUCAAAGUGUGGGAUAUAUUAGCUCAAUCUUGUAUUCAGACAUACAAUGGUCUUCCUAGUGAAUUAGGAGAACAUACAACAAUGACUAUAGUGUAUAAUACAUUAAAUCGCAAAAUGAUCGUUGCUGGUGCAAUAAUUGCAAUAAUCGUUUGUGAUCCGAAAGUUGAUGAAGAAGUAUCUGAUGGCUUUACACAUACAAAAUCUGUCUCCUGUGUUUUAUAUAAUCACCUCUACAAAGUGAUAGUUUCAACUGGAUUAGAUUCUUGUAUAAUAAUUUGGGAUCCAUGGCUUGGAAAUCGCUUAUUUUUAGUAACACAUGCACAUAGCAGGUUUUUGUAUGGCCAGUUUCAUGACAUUGAAAUUACUGCUGCAUGUUUUGAUGAAUCUGAACAAUUACUAGUGACAGGUGCUCGAGAUGGAACAUUAAAAAUAUGGCAUUUUAAUACUGGUACUUGUUUACGAAAUAUGGAACUUGAAACUCAAUGUGAAGUAACAAGUUUAGUUUGGUUGGAAAAUCGAAUUUUGUGCAGUAGCUGGAACCGUCAAGUUGUAGAAUUCGCAAUUUCCGACGCAUAUAUUUAUAAAAAAAAUUGGGGACUAAUUCAUACAGAUGAUAUUCUUUGUUCAGCUAUGUGGUAUCCUCAGGUAUUGGCUACAGCAACUUUUAAUGGAGAGAUAAUUCUUUGGAGAUUAGAAACAGGCCAACCGUAUCGGAAAUAUAAAGUUAACGAACCAAUGGCUCGUCAAUAUGAAACAGUUUCUAAACAUCAAGAAUCUGCGUUGAAUAUUACACGAAUUGUUGCUGUUCGAUCUAUGAUAUUUUUAAAUGCUCGAUCAGUUAAACCUGAUGUUGGAACAUUAUUGGUUUCUCUUGAUUCCGGUUUAAUACAAGUAUGGACUCAUCAUCCGGCUGGAGGAUUUUUAGAAGCUUUUUCAGUUAUUCAUACUGUACGUGAUUGUGCAUUAGCGUUAGCAACUGAUCCUGAAAAUCAUUUUCUUGUAACAGGACAUUGUGCUGGAUACAUUAAAGUUUGGUAUCUUGCAAAUUAUUUGGUAUCAGAUCCUCCCAAGAUAAAUAUGAUUCAUUUACGGUUAGAAUUUCCAUUUUUAUGGAAAGAUAGACUUUUGGGCAGAGCAAAAAGAGCUGUAAGAGAUCAACCUUUGCCACUUUUACUUUCAUCUGUACGUGGUCAUUUAAAAUCUAUUACAUCUGUACAAAUAAUUCCAGAUGCACGCAUUAUUAUUAGCGCUAGUACAGAUCAUUCUGUACGUUUGUGGACAUUUGGCGGACGCUAUAUUUCAACUUUUGGAACAUUUAAACCUUGGUCACCGAUUUUACCAAUGAUUCCAACUUAUCAGUAUUUUAAAGAUUACAGAUUACCACCAGAUAUUAAAAAAGUUGCUAGUUCUACUACAUUAAAAGUUCUUGAAGGAGGUAUUAGCCAAGUAACAACUGAUUCUGAUGUAUCAACAACAGCUUUUAAAACAGAUUAUAUUAUGAUUAAUGGACAAAGACUUACUAUUAGCAUGAUGGAUAAAGCAACAUUAAUGUUGCUUAUAGAUUAUCCAAUUUUAGAUACUUCUCUACCAUAUAUACCUAUAUAUACACAUUUAAGAUUAAGACCUUUGGAAAUCAUUCGACCACCAAAAAUACCAGCAUUACUACAAAAACCAUUAAUUAAAUAAACGUAAUUGCUGUUGUAAAAUUACUACAUGUAAAAAAGAAAAUAUUUUGAAAUGUCAUCAAAAUAAAAGGUAAUAUUGCAUUAAUGUUUCACUUUAAUAAAAUUUUUAUUAACAAA